CUUUGUGUAUGCCGAAGCAGCGGAACACAGUUGUGCUGUUAGGAAGGCGACAGCUUGGGUGGGAAAUGUUUUUAUAUUUUUUUGGAGUCAGGAUGGCUGUAUUUGUUGGGCACCAAUAUCGCGUUUGUAAAUAUGUAGAAAGAAUACAUUUAUCUUAGUGGAUUUUUUUAUUUGUUUGUUUUCAAUUAUUUUUCCGAGUGGCAUUGCCGCCGGUGAGUCUCCCGGUGCUCUGCAGCAGCCAUGGACCUGCUGAUGACUUUUUGCGAGAAGUGUUUCGGCUCUCCUUUCUAACGGAGUCAACGCAGAGAAACAGCUUGAAGAAUGCAAACAUUGAGAAGAAAAUGUGCUUUACUUGAUUCUAAUAUGAAGGAAAAAAAGCCUGAACAGUCCCAAAAUGAUUCCUUGUGUUCCACCAGGAGGUCCGGUAGAUAUAAGGGAGUAAGUGAUGUGGAAGAAAGGCCUUUGUCUAACUCUCUGGGCAAGAAGAAGUGUGUACUUCUUCAGAAGAAAAAUACAAAUCUCUCAGUAGCUAAAGGGUCUACUCAACAGACUGCAAAAAUUAAUCAGUCAAAAAUAGUUGUUUCCAAAAGAAAACAAAACUCAAAGGAAACAAGCUCUUAUGAGGGCGACAGUAAUGUUGAAAAAAGCCAUAGGCCCUUAUCAAAAUGUAAUUCUCGCACCUGUAAAACCAAAAAGGAAGUGAAAGAGACUUCCUCUAAAAGAACUCUAAGACCAAGUAAGAGCCAGCAAAGUGGCCCUGUUGGCCGUGACAGAAAACCGAAUAAUAAUUCUGGGAACUCUAGCACUUUCAACUGUGUAAGACUAAGAAAAAAAACUGAGCCUCCCUUGGCCAGAAGUUCUCUGAGAAAUGCACAUGAUAUUGUGUUGAAGAACUCCCCUCAGAAUCAAAUAGGCAUGAGGCUGAGAAACCGCCAAGAAGCUGUGAAACCUGACACUUUUAAGGGAGAUGGUAAGGUCCAAAUAAAAUCUGACAUCAAAAAAGAAGUUGGAACAAAUGGGGACAAAGUACGUGCAUGCAAAGAUCUCUCUACUCUGUCUCUACGUACUCGAGAAAGCAACACUAUAACAAAUGCUUCUAAGACAGUUUUACUCAACAGAAAAAGGUCAUCAAGUAUAGAAGACUCACCUUUUCAUUCAAAAAGAAAAAGACAGAAAAUGGAGCCUAUGUCCAAAACAGCAAAUUCUUCUCAAAAGAGAGUUAAAACAUCCAAAAGUGGAAAAAAGUUCAGGAAUGGUAUUAUUCAUAUUAAAAGUAAUGGUAAUAAAAAAAUGGUUAAUUCUGGAAAAACAGUUGUAAAGGGUUGUAGACAACCUAAAAUACCCCAAAAUCUAGAAAAGGGUAAGGACAGAACAGGUAAAAAUAUGAGAAAUCUAAGGGAUCCUAUAAAGAAAGUCUGUAGCAGAGUAAACAGAAGAUCAGUUGCAUCCUCUGAGAAAAAAACCAAAGCCAAUUUAAACUCCAGAUAUAUGAACCAGGAGCAUGAAUCUGUUCAAUGUAAAGAGGGCACUUCAGUGACUAAGCACGUUGGUGCUAAUACAAGAGCAUCUCCCCCAUUGGUAGCUCUGCUGAAAGUGAUCAAAAAGUCUAAGCUCUACAAAUCUACAAAGCCACAUAUUGACAGAGCAUGCACAGCACAUGUGCAUGGUGAACAUAACACAAAAUGUUCUAGCUUAAUAGAAGAGAAACAAAAGCUAGAUCUGAGCUCUUCAGUUCAACAGAGUGGAGAUGAAACAACCUGCAGCAGGAAAAAGAGGCAGAAGAAAAACAGUGAGCAGAAGUGCUCGGAUCCCAAGUCAGGUGUAGUUGACGAUGAAGAGAAGGGAAAGGAGUUAAAGACAGUGGCACAUUUUUCAACACAUGUUGUUGAUCCAUGUGAUAUUUCACUGCAGGGACUCGGGGCACACAGUCAAAGAGAUCACUUUUCUAGUAGUGACUUACAGAAUCAUGACAAAUCACAGACACUUCCAAAGAAAAGACAUUCAGAAAAAAAAAAAAAUUCUGGCUCUUUAGGAAUACAAAAGGAGAAAAACGACAGGCAGUCUUCUGCAAAUCGUAAAAAGCCCACAAGCCCAGGUGUACUGAAGACUAAGUCUAGCCACCAGAAACGCAAUGAAGAGAAUCCUCAAGCAAAGGCAAAGCCUUGCUUAACUGCUAUGAAAGAAGAGGUUCCAAAACCCAGUAAGCAGUUGAACUUGCUGGCUCUAUGUGAGGAAAUUGCAGAGGAAAUUGCUUCUGAUACAGUAGAGGUGUGUAGGACUGAUGAAGGCAAUUUGGCAGGGGAAAUCCAAGUACAACCAGCUGAGAUGGAUACAACAGAAAAAAAUGAAUCUGUUUCUCCCUCUGAUGUCCUUCCUUUGCCACAGAUCCAGGAUGAAACCCCAGCAGAGCCACCAAAAAAGCGUUUUUUCACAAGCCAGAUAACUGUACCUUUAAAAAGUAAAGAGAAAAAGAAAAUAUCAAUGACUGAGAGAUUACGACAAAGUGAACUUCUCAAACAUAGCUUCAGUUGGGCAAGAGUUAAGCAAUUUAAGGCAGCUGAAAAUGCUCAAAAACAGUCCGCAGGCUCCUUGCUGGCGAGGGAAAACACAGUGCCCACUGUGCCUGAGCAGAAGAGAUUACAGGCAUUCAGCUGUAAGCUACGGCUACCAGAUUUGCCAAAUGGUAUUCUUGGAAACAAGAGGGAGCCUACUGUGGAAAAUUAUUUCAAACCUAGAGCAAAAUAUUCUGCAGAUGACUUUGAACUUGAUGGCUUGAAUGAUGAGCUUAAGAAUACUACAGAAGAUAAAUUGCAGCAGAAUGUGAACCUGCAGCCUCAGGUGGAAAAAACUGAUGUAAACUCCUUUCCUGAAAGUUCCCUUGAUGGAGGCUUCUCUGUAUGUUUGAAACUGAAAGAAACUCCAAAGAAACCAUCUUCUAAUAGUAUUGAAAUAAACCAGCACUAUGAAGCCUCUGUCAACAAUCAGAAUUUGUCAGAAAAAGAAAUGGUGCCUUGUCCGACUCGUCCUCCUCCAGGAAAGAUUGUCCCUCAGCCCUCUAAUGUAAAACUGCAAAAAGAAAUUAAGAAGUUGAAAGAAGCUGAAAAAGACGGCAUACAACAAACAAUUAUUGAUGCUGGUCAAAAACGGUUUGGAGCAGUUUCCUGUAACCAAUGUGGGAUGUUGUAUUCUGCAUCAAGUCCAGAAGAUGGGGCCCAGCAUCUUCUAUUUCAUAACCAGUUUAUGAGUGCAGUGAAAUAUGUGGGUUGGAAAAAAGAGAGAAUCUUUGGGGAGUACCCUGAUGGCAAAAUUAUAGUUGUUCUGCCAGAUGAUCCUAAAUAUGCACUAAAAAAGGUUGAAGAGAUAAGGGAGAUGGUGGACAAGGACUUGGGCUUCCAGCAAGUCGAAACAAAGUGUCCUUCUAACACCAAAACCUUUCUUUUCAUUUCUAAUGAUAAGAAGGUGGUUGGCUGCCUUAUAGCAGAACAUAUUCAGGAGGGUUUUAGGGUUAUAGAAGAAAAGGUUCCAGACGGUCCAGAGGGUGAAAAAGUCAUGUUUGAACGACAGCGAGCCUGGUGCUGCUCCACAACCCCUGAACCAGCCAUUUGUGGAAUUAGCCGUAUCUGGGUGUUCAGUCUUAUGCGGCGAAGAGGAAUUGCUUCUAGAAUGAUGGACUGUCUGAGGAGCAAAUUUAUUUAUGGUUCCUAUCUCAGUAAAGAAGAAAUUGCAUUUUCGGAUCCGACCCCUGAUGGGAAGCUCUUUGCAACACGUUAUUUUGGGACUCCCCAGUUUCUGGUCUACAAUUUUGUCAGUGCCAUCCAUAAAUGAGACAAAGUGAGGAUUAAAGAGUCUGUAAAACUGUCAGCACAUGUGGCUGCUGCUUCCAGUAUUCGCAUGUCUGCUCCAUUUCACUGGAUGACUGAUGCUGAUUUCUAAAGCACUGACUAAAAUCCAAACUCUACAGCAAAAUGUACUUUUGAAAAUGUGAUCAGUGGUGACGUUGAAUCUUGUGGGCCUCCCUUGAUGACCAUUUGUAAGCCAUUAAAGUUGGAAUUGCUGGUCAAUCCAUUGGUUGUUCCUCACUAUUAGAAAACCUUUUCGGCGGAUUUUCCUCAUGAAGGACAAACAUGAGAGUUUUUGAUUUCAAGUGCUCAGGUCUUCAACAACUAUCUUAUUAAUGUAUAUUUUGGCUUUCUUUUUAACAGAAAAACAACUGUUUAUUUUUUCCUUAUCCUUUCAGUUCUUUGCUAUUUUUAAAAGAGUAUUUUGUGAGUACAUUUUUUAAAGAGAAAAUAAUGUAUUUUAAAUGUAAUUAUUGAGGAAUAAAUUUUAAAAGUAUUUUUCCUUCUUUGAGAGUGCCAAGUUAGCUAGCUCAGUGGAUCAUCAACUAAUAAUGGAGGUUUAAUUUGGACGUACGGUAUUUAGUAGCAUACCAUUUGACACAAAGUUGACCAUUUGAAGAAGUAUAGGGAGUUGUUUUUUCUUUUUGUUUUUUUUUUGGGUUAUCAAAGCACUGGAAGAGAGAAGAUGACUUUGUUCACCAGAUUAUUUAACAUGUGGAAAAACUAGCACUUUACUUUUGCAAAAUGAAUGCAAUGUCUGUAACAAUACCUAGAGGAUGCUGUUUCACUGGUCAAUAAACCCAGCUCGCAUAGGUGCUCUCUGAAUGUGUUUGUGUUUAAUUUUAUUUAGUCUGCAUCCAAAUCAGGCCUUGACGUCUUACUACUCGUUGUCCUUUUUAUCUGGCACCAGCAGGAGAGUAAAGAGAACAUUUUAGUUUUGCAUGCCGUGGUGUUUUUGUUCACUGUGUUGUUCAUUGGUAACUAAACGCCGAGUCACAUUAGACAACACUUCCAGCAAUUUUCGGUCAUAGCCUUCAUUUACAUAGUCUUAGUGCAGCGGUGGCAGACUGUGGUGCACUUCUGAGAAUCCCUUCACCUAGUCUGACAUACCCAGUGACUUGCCCUGAUUUAGCCGCUGGGUCAGGCUUUGUGGGCAUGAAAGCUGACAACCAAUUAAUGCUCAUCCAGACGUACAGUAGUGAUGGACCUUAUAAACAGAAGAGAAGAUCGUCUGUCUGACAUCUCAUGUUUUUGUACCGUGACAGAAUAGAAAAUGAAAAAGUGUAGAGACUGCAGCUGAGCUUGCUGUAGCUGUUAACCCUUUGUACAGCAUUGUCUGCUGACUAGAAGUCGUAUAAUGUAACACGGGCUUAAGCAUCGUGCUGAGGAAGGAGACCGAUAGUGAAAGUUUCGGUUCAAUACCAGUACUGAUAUCUACAGAGCGAAAUACAUUUCUAUUACUGUAUAGUUGAUACAGGUCUCUGAAAUUUGGCUCUAAAAGGAACAUUUAGAAGGUGUGAAAAAAUAAUUGCGUUUAUGAACAUGUGAUCAGUUAGCUUACUUUAUCAUUAGAAAGCUUUUUAUCUACCUGCUUUCUUGUACAAAUCCAAAUCAAUAGUUCCAUACAUCACUUUUAUACCAAGGUGAUAUGGAACUACUGAAGAAGAUCAGCAGGUAUUCAAGGUCAGUUUUAUAUGGAGAUCUGACCAGAACUAGACCUGAUGUCAAUGUACCAGGGGACAAUGUCAGGCAAUUUUGAGUGUUUUCUAAAAAUGCUGGUAACCGUGACAGCAGCCAAAAAGGAUUUUCAACUAGCGAUGACCUAUUCAAUAAAAUUCAGCCUUUUUUGGGCAAAAUAAUGUAACAUCUGCUCAUAUAAUAUCCAGCAGGUAAUUGAGCAAAGAGGAUUUAAAAAAAAAAA